UCAUUUUUUAGUCGAAAUUCAAAUAUGAAUGCAGUGUGCAGACUUCAAACUUCGAACCCUAUGGUCCCUGCCGUUCGUCUCCCCUCCUUCGUACUUCUCUAUUUUCUGGCCGCUCCCCACUCCUCUUCCCCAACGCUCCUUCCCCUUUCUUUAUUUAUUUAUUUAUUUUUUUUUUUCAAAGUUCUAAGACCUAGCUGCAAAUAAGCCCCUUUCAAAUCUCUGAAGCUUCGUCUCAGUGUAAUUUCGCCGCUGAGGUUUGAGAAAUUCGAUGAAGAUGGGUCACGGUUUGCAGCUGGAGGUGGUUUGAGCUGUCGCAAGUCUAAGCCUAGAAGACAAGUGCAGGUUGAAGGUGGAGCAGCUGCAGGUAUAGGGGGAUAAGUCGCGGGGUUGCAGGGGCUGGUUGGCCAGGAUCGGCCUAUAUAAAAUAUGGGUUGUGCAGCCAUGGGUUGCUGCUGAAGGUUUGAAAAUUGCUGCGAUUUUGGGUUGAAGGUUGCAGAGGGAGUGGGGUCGGUGAUGAGAAGAGCUUCUGCAAAUUGAAGCUUGCUGCCGCAGGUCUGGGGCGUGGGAGGAGGGUGAGACCGUGGGUGGCUAGGGCCCGUGGGUCCGUCCCGUUGCUAUCCCUAAACCUGACUCUUAAUGUCUUUACUAGUUCCCCUAUUUCAUUUGAUGCUCCAAUCUCUUUGCUGAGUCUUUUCCUCCAACUUCCAUAAUGCAUUCCUUUCUCCUCCAAUCACUGUUUCCAUAUCUAUUGAUCGCUUCAGUCCUUUGGAUCAACCUCGAGUUAAGUCUAUGCCAGGGUGAUGAACAAUUCAAGAACUGCGGCAGCGCUGUGAAUUGUGGUGACGUCGGAGACAUCUCCUACCCCUUUUGGGGGUUAAACCGACCUAGUCACUGUGGUCAGCCAGGGUACGAGGUCCAAUGUCUAGACAACAUCCCUAUGAUCAACAUGAUGGGUGUGAGCUUUAGAAUUCUUCAAAUGAACACAACUAAUCCUCGGACCGUAAAGGUUGCUAGGCAGGAUUACUGGGGUACUAUAUGUCCUCCGACUUUCGUCAACACCGCCCUCAACUUCUCUCUGUUUAAUUAUGCUUCUGGUUAUACAAACGUGACGUUUUACUACCAAUGCAAUAGCACCAUAGAGCUUAGUAAGCAGUCCUGCAACAUAAGCAAUAAACUGAGCCCUGUUAUCUAUUUGACACGUCCGAUGACAGCUGGUGAGACAUCUUUGAACUGUACAGAUGAGGUUAUUGUUCCGGUUUAUACAGAAGCUGCUCUGGCUUUAGAGGCCAGUAAAACAACCGUCAACGAUGCGGUAAACGGGGGCUUCCCAUUGGAAUUGGAGAUUGACAACGAUAAUUGCAACAAAUGUUUGGAAUCAGGAGGACAGUGUGGGCUUAACACUACUACUAAUUCUGGAUUCAGUUGCUUUUGCCCAGAUCAAGCCUAUGCAUCCAUAUGUAAUGGAACUCAAUCCGGAGGUAAAGGAAAGCCAAUAAAGUUAAUUGUGAGCCUUACGGUUGUUUGUUUUAUCGGUGUAUUGGGUGCCAUAGUGUUCGGUUUGUGCAGGAUGAGAGCUAAGCAAAAAGGACACAUCAAAUUAACAAUGAAGCACAUCAAAAUAACAAGGGACACCCUUCAAGAAUAUAUAGGUGGAAAACAUGAUGAGCUACUGAUCUAUGAUUUUGAAAGCAUAUUAGUUGCCACGGACAAUUUCAGCACCGAAAACAAACUCGGGCAAGGAGGAUUUGGUCCAGUUUAUAAGGGUAAGCUAGCAGAAGGGAAGGAAAUAGCAGUAAAAAGACUAUCCAGUACCUCAGGACAAGGUGCAGUAGAGUUCAAGAAUGAAAUGAUGUUGAUCUCCAAUCUCCAACACAAAAAUCUGGUCAGAAUCAUCGGUUGCUGCGUUAAAGAGGACGAGAAGUUACUGAUUUAUGAGUUCAUGCCAAACAAAAGCUUGGAUACUUUUCUUUUCGAUUCGACGAGAAGAGCAGUGCUUGAUUGGGGUACACGUUUCAAUAUUAUUCAAGGUGUUGCUAGAGGGCUUGUUUAUCUCCAUCGUGAUUCCUAUUUGAAGGUAAUACAUAGAGAUCUAAAAGUAAGUAACAUUCUCUUGGAUGAGAAAAUGAACCCAAAAAUUUCAGAUUUUGGAUUGGCACGUGUGGUUGAAGGGACACAGAAUUUAGAAAAUACUCAAAGAGUUGUGGGAACGCGUGGAUAUAUAUCUCCAGAGUAUGCCAUGGGUGGAAUAUUUUCCCAAAAAUCUGAUGUCUACAGCUUUGGGGUCUUGGUAUUGGAGAUUAUUAGCAGCAAGAAGAAUACCGCCUUCUAUAUCUAUGAUCGACAGCUAGGCUUACUAGCCUAUGCAUGGCAGUUAUGGAAGGAAGGCAGGGAAUUGGAGUUGGUGGAUGAAAUGUUGGCGGCUGAUUCAUAUUCGGCUCCAGAAGUAAUGAAAUGUGUGCAUAUAGGGCUGCUUUGUGUACAGGAUAAUCCGAUGGAUAGGCCGAGCAUGCCGGAUGUAAUUUUUAUGCUAAAUGGUUCCACAAAUGUAAUUGGUGGUCCACAACCUAAACAGCCUCUAUUCACUAUCCAAAACACAGUCUCUCAUCCUCAACCACAGCCUUCGAAUAAUGAAGUUACAAUUACAAUGAUUGAAGGACGCUAAAUGUAUGCUCCUGACAGUGGUGGAGGUUGGGAUUUGCUCAUCCAUGUGAAUUUGGGUUGUGUUUGCUAGGAUUUGUAGUCAGGUCGUAUAAUUUGUUGUUUGCUUUCUUUUGUUGGUGCUUAGCUAAGCUUGGCCAAUCCUGCUUACUUAUGCAGCAAGAUGCUGAACCUGUAGUUAUAUUUUUUUUUUUUUUGGAGGGAAUUAGAGAGGAUUAGUUAUGAAGGAAAUUCAUCUUUGUAAUCCUACAUUAUGGAGAGAUUGAAACUCAUAAGUUUUCUUUAUGAGUAAUUGAUCUUUAACAUUUAUGAUGGACAUAAAUUUUUACCUUAA